AGAUGGAAGGAGCAAGACCCUGAGGGAAAAAGCGACGGAGGAGGGCAGCCUGGGUGACAGGGAGACUGGGGGGAAGGACCCCGACCAAGAAAGGGAGACAGCGACCAAGAGACCCAGAGGCGGGCGGGGUGGGGCAGAGACCCACAGAGAGCCACAGGCACAAAGCUACAGGGAAGCCGAGAAAGAGGCAGCCCCAGGCCCACGGGGCGUGGAAACGGGAAGCACACAGACGGCAGCCCGGGAGGCCACGCUCAGGCCGAGGCCGCCGGCCACCGGGGCGCACAUCCCCUCAGCCCCCACCCUCCAGGGCGGUGCCGGCGGCCUCCCCGGCGGAGAGACACAACGAGGAGCCCGUGCCCGCCGGACGCACAGACGGACAAAGCCAGCCGGGGAGUGGCCGGGCGGCGCGGGGCGAGGAGGGGCCCGGCGGGCGGCGAGAAGGGGAAGGAAGCGGAGGUGCCGGGCGGGCGCGGGGCGCGGGCAGGAAGCGGGGAGGGGCGGCGGGGCGGGGGCUCCGGAAAAACGCCCCGACUUCCUGCCCCGCCGGAGCCAGGAAGCGGGAGCCGGGACACAGGCCCCGGGAUCGCCGAGCCCGACCCCGGGCGCCCCGCCGGUCACCUCCCCGCGCCGGAUCCCAGAGGCCCCAUUGAGCUGCAGCGGCUCCGUGGGGGAGGCUGUUUACUCACCUUCACACCUGGGCCAGGAAUCCGUGAGUAGCCGCGGGGCCACCUCCCACCCCCUCACCGCGGCCCCCCUCGCCCCCAGCCCCGCGGAGCCCAUGGAGGCGGAAGACGUCGCCCGAGGGGCGGCUCCAGGUCCCCCCCGGCCUGGCCCGGUGCCCGUCAGCAUCAUCGGGGCAGAGGAUGAGGAUUUUGAGAAUGAGCUGGAGACGAACGCGGAGGAGCAAAACAGCCAGUUCCAGAGCCUGGAGCAGAUGAAGCGGCGCCCAGCGCACCUCCUGGCCCUCCUGCAACACGUGGCCCUGCAGUUCGAGCCGGGACCCCUGCUCUGCUGCCUGCACGCGGACAUGCUGGGCAGCCUGGGCCCCAAGGAGGCCAAGAAGGCCUUUGUCGACUUCUUCCACAGCUUCCUGGACAAGACUGCGGUGCUGCGGGUGCCCGUCCCUCUCAGCGUCGCUUUUGAACUUGACCGCACGCGGCCCGACCUCAUCUCCGAGGACGUCCAGCGGCGCUUCGUGCAGGAGGUGGCGCAGAGCCAGCAGGCGGCCGUGGGCCGGCAGCUGGAGGACUUCCGCUCCAAGCGGCUCAUGGGCAUGACGCCCUGGGAGCCGGACCUGGCCCAGCUGGAGGCCUGGGUUGGGCGGGACCGCGCCUGCUACGAGGCCCGCGAGCGGCACGUGGCCGAGCGGCUGCUGACCCACCUGGAGGAGAUGCAACACACCAUCUCCACUGAUGAAGAGAAAAGCGCCGCCGUGGUCAACGCCAUCAGCCUGUACAUGCGCCACCUCGGGGUGCGCACCAAGAGUGGGGACAAGAAGUCCGGGAGGAACUUCUUCCGGAAAAAGGUGAUGGGGAACCGGCGUGCAGACGAGCCCCCCAAGACCAAGAAGGGCCUGAGCAGCAUCCUGGACGCCGCCCGCUGGAACCGAGCAGAGCCCCAGGCUCCGGAUUGCCGACACUUCAAGGUGGAGGCUGAUGCUGAGAAGCCAGGCCCUGCAGAACGCAAGGGAGGCCUGGCAGCGCCCGCUCGGGACCGGAACGUCGGGGCCCCUGGCCAGGACACCCCCGGAGUCUCUCUGCACCCUCUUUCUGGGGACGGCCCUGACCGGGAGCCAGGUGCUGAACCCCCACCAGAGCUGGGGGACCCGCCUCCGCAGGGCCCUGCAAGCCUGGAGCCCCCGGUACCCCCAGAGAACACUGAAGAGGGCCCUGACACGGACAGAAAGUGGAAGAGGCUGUCGGGGCGUCUGGGGCGCUCAGAGAGCCUGCGGGUGAGUGACCGCCGCCGGCCUUCCCGGGGCAGCCUCGGGGCUAAGGGCCGGGGUGGGGGCCGCUCCCGGAGUGACGUGGACAUGGACCCCAGCUCCACCGUGGCCGUGCUUGGCCCUGCCCGACGAGCCACCCCCGAGCCCGGAGACGACGGGGAGCCAGGGAGGGCCGGCCUGGACCUGGAACCGGAGGAGCCCCCCGGCUGGCGGGAGCUGGUGCCCCCGGGCAUGCUGCACAGCCUGCCCAAGAGCCAGGUGAAGCGGCAGGAGGUGAUAAGUGAGCUGCUGGUGACGGAGGCGGCCCACGUGCGCAUGCUGCGAGUCCUUCACGACCUCUUCUACCAGCCCAUGGCCGAGGGGGGCUUCUUCCCCCUGGACGAGGUGCAAAACAUCUUCCCCAGCCUGGACGAGCUCAUCGAGGUGCAUUCCCUGUUCCUGGACAGCAUGAUGAAGCGCCGGCAGGACAGUGGCUACCUCAUCGAGGAGAUCGGCGACGUGCUGCUGGCCCGGUUUGAUGGUACCGAGGGCUCCUGGUUCCAGAAAAUCUCCUCCCGCUUCUGCAGCCGCCAGCCGUUUGCCUUAGAGCAGCUCAAAGCCAAGCAGCGCAAGGAUCCCCGCUUCUGUGCCUUUGUGCAGGAGGCUGAGAGCCGCCCGCGGUGCCGCCGCCUGCAGCUGAAGGACAUGAUCCCCACGGAGAUGCAGCGUCUGACCAAGUACCCCCUGCUCCUGCAGAGCAUCGGGCAGAACACAGAAGAGACCGCAGAACGGGAGAAGGUGGAGCGGGCAGCCGAGUGCUGCCGGGAAAUUCUGCACCAUGUGAACCAGGCCUUGCAGGACAUGGAGGACUUGCUGCGGCUCAAGGAUUAUCAGCGGCGCCUGGACCUGUCCCACCUGAAGCAAAGCAACGACCCCAUGUUGAGCGAGUUCAAGAACCUGGACAUCACCAAGAAGAAGCUGGUCCACGAGGGCCCACUGACGUGGCGGGUGACGAAGGACAAGGCCGUGGAGGUCUACGUGCUGCUGCUGGACGACCUGCUGCUGCUGCUGCAGCGCCAGGACGAUCGGCUGCUGCUCAAGUCGCACAGCCGCACGCUGACGCCCACGCCCGACGGCAAGACCAUGCUGCGGCCCGUGCUGCGGCUCACCUCCGCCAUGACCCGCGAGGUGGCCACCGAUCACAAAGCCUUCUAUGUCAUUUUCUCCUGGGACCAGGAGGUCCAGAUAUACGAGCUGGUGGCACAGACGGUGGCAGAACGGAAGAACUGGUGCACCCUCAUCACCGAGACCGCCGGCUCCCUGAAGGUCCCUGCCCCUGCCUCCCGCCCCAGGCCCCGGCCCAGCCCGAGCAGCCCCCUGGGGCCAGGGCCCUGGAGUCACCCAGCUCUUCCUGUCCCCAGCACCCGCGAGCCCCUGCUCAGCAGCUCUGAGAAUGGCAGCGCCCGAGAGAUGCCUCCUGCUGACGGCCGCACCGAGAGAAUCCUCAACGACCUCCUGCCCUUCUGCAGACCCGGCCCUGAGGGCCAGCUUGCGGCCACAGGUCUCCAGAAAGUGCUGUCCCUCAAGCAGCUCCUGUCCCCUGCGGAGGAAGACAGCAGGGCGGGAGCUCCCCGCGAAGGGGACGGGGUGCCAGGGGGCAGCCCUCGGAGCCCCACACACACCCAGGAAAUUCAGGAGAAGCUGCUCAGCCUGGAGGAGACCAUGAAGGAGCUGGAGGAGAUGGAGGAGGAAUUUUGUCGCCUGCGACUCCUCCUGUCUCAACUGGAGAGCAGCAUCCCCCAGCCCGGCGGCACCUGAGGCUCUGUCCCGGGCAGGCCUCCUGCCAGAAGGAUGAGGAAUGGGGGAGCAGACGUGGGGCCGCCUCGUCCCCCACCCACCCGGCUGCCCGCCCACACCCCAGGGGCCUGAGGAGAGGGAGCCGGCCGUCGGGACCAGGCCUGGGGGGCCUGGCCGGGGCCAUGCACCCCCCACCCUCCCACCACCUUCAGCCAUCUCUCCCUCUUGCCUUCUGCUUGGGGGACUCAGGACUUCAUUCCAGGGGACACUACCGUGAUCCCCCACUUCCAGGGCCAUCUCAGUAUUGCCUGGCGGAGGGACCCCCCUCCACCCCCAAGUGCCUUUGUUCUGUUUUUAUACCUUGAAUUGGAGGUUUAUUUUUAAUAUAUAUUAUCUAAGAA